AUGGAGACUCUACCGUCUGAGAAAACUCGUUACGCGUAUUCGCAGGCAGAACAGGCAGCGGCACCGCCCAGUUCGAGUUCCGAGUCGACCAAAAAGAAGCUCGAGCUCGGCGAGCCCUUUUCCAAAUCUUCCACCGUCAGCGUAAACGCCGACACUACCGUGGUGGACCCCUUCGACGACUAUCCCGAUGGUGGUCGUGGCUGGGUGGUCGUCCUAGGUUGUGUAAUUUUUGCCACGGCGACUUUGGGUUGGGCGUAUGUCUGA